GCGGUAUCAUUAGACAACUGCUUGUUCAAAGUCCAUGUCACGUGACUACUGAUAACGCACUGUGUGAGGUCAUCGUUUCGACAUUUCGGGAGGAUUUACUUACAUAUUCAGCGUUAACACCAAACUACACACUACAGGACAUGAACGAGAAAUCAGGGAUGCCCCAGGGUAGCGCCCCGCCCUCCGAGCCCCCACCCAGCUACUCCGACUACCCUGGCCAGAGCAAUCAUGCGUACUCCGCCCCACAGUACGGGGAACAACCACAGCAGCAACAGCAGUAUGGGAUGCCUCAACAGCAGUACGGGAUGCCUCAACAGCCACAGCAGUAUGGGAUGCAGCAACAGCCACAACAAUAUGGGAUGCAGCAACAGCCACAGCAAUAUGGGAUGCAGCAGCAGCAGACGAGCGUUGUGGUGAACCAACCCGGCGUGAACUACGGCGCCGUCCACACCAACGCCCCCGACAACAUGGGUCUUGCCAUCUUCGCCACCAUCUGCUGCUUCUGGCCCUUAGGUAUCGUGGCCAUCAUGAGAGCGUCAGAGGCACGUAACGCGCUGACCCGGGGCGACAUGAACGGCGCUGUCCUCCUCUCCGCCCAGUCCCGACGCAUGUCACUGUGGGCCAUCGCCUGUGGCUGCAUAUCAGUUGUUCUCAUCAUCGUCAUCGUCGUUGCAUACGUUGUGACCUAUAACAACUCCUACUGCUACGAAUGCUACUAAACGUCCAUGAAGGGAGAUAACCCCAAUAAUGAAGGGAGACAACUGACCAUCUUGUCCGGUUUCUGUGCCAACAAAGGAACCGUAUAUUAAUUUUCUGGAACGAAUCAUUAUUUUCAGGAAUCAAAUUGAGAGCAUUAAGUGAAAGCGGAUUAGCAUUAUAAUAUUUAAAAUGCGUGUACAUUUUUGCUUAUCGUCAAGUUAAACAUUUCAAAUAAUUCUUUGUAUCUAAUAUUUUUCCAACUAAAUUUACUUGAAAACAUUUUGGAAAUUCAUUUUGACAUUCGAUGAGCAUAUAAUUCCAUUUCGAACAAUGUCGAAUUCAAAAUAUUUGCACAAUUUUUUUUGUCUCAUUUGUUUGUUGUUUAACUCAGCACUCAUCAAUAUUCCACAUAUAUGACGUAAAUAAUCGAGUCUGGACCAGACAAUCCAGUGACUGAGAACAUGAGCAUCGGUCCACGCAAUUG